CCAACAUGAAGAGGCUUCUGCCAUUACACACACUGUUAAUAAUUAUUCGGGUCCUGUCUCUAGCUCAGGCGUCACACUCCACCAUUCCCACAACUAGCAGAUCACCAUCAGAAGCUGUUCAUGAUGCACGUGAAGAAGAAUCAUUUGACGGGCAGCCAUCUAUUGCGGAUGGUAUCUGGUCUCCAAUACUAGAAGACUGGGCACUUUCUGCAGUCACCCGCGAUCAGAAAGUGAUGAAGAACAAACCUUAUUACAUCACGAGACCCGGAGAUAAGCCUCCAGUAGGGGGAAGCAAAGAGGUCACAGAAACAGACCUCUACUUGCUGGGUGCCAUCGAGAAAUUAGUGUACAGAGUUGACUUCAUGGAGAAGAGGCUGAGAAGAAUGGAAGAUUUACUCUACCAUGUCAUGGCAAGCGGCAAUAAAGCUCAAGAACCUUGCCCUACAAAUUUUUCAAGAGUUGGUGCUUACUGUUACCACUUCAGUGAGAGAGAGCUGAACUGGAAGUCAUCAGCCUCUAUGUGCAGGGCACUGGGUUCGAGGCUUGCAGAAUUAGAGACUGUUGAAGAAAAUCAGGACAUAGUAGCCUUCCUGCAGGCCACUUCAACUCUUCGAGGGAAAGACUUCUGGACAGGUGGACUAAAUCCUGGGUUACUCUGGAUAUGGUCGAAUAGUGCUCGUCCUGUGGCUUCUAACUCCACAGAAAAUCCAUCCAACAACAAUAAUAUUAAAGGUAAUGGACGAUGCCUAAAGCUUGCAUAUAAUCCUACACUUAGGGGAUAUGAAUAUCAGGGAGCAGAAUGUUCUGUUCGGGCCAGUUACAUUUGUGAGUAUGAAGAGAAUUCAACAAGCAGAGCACUUGAAGAAAUUCAGAAAUCUUUACAAGAAAACUCCCCAAGUAGUGAGAAAACUAGAAAAUUGUGAACUUGUUGAAAUAUGAUGCCAAUAUGUCAGUCACCAAAAAUGCAAAUGAAGUGUAAUGAACUACAGGGGUGAAUUAUAUGGACAUGCUGAGCACCAAAUCAAGCAGUAAUAGGCCCCAAGAGAGAAAUGUAGCAACCUUUCAAAUUUCAGGUUUUUCAGCAAUAUUGCUAUUCAACUUAAUGGUAACAAAAAUGGGGUAUCUAUAAACUUAUUUUGCAAUUUAACUUGUGAAUAUUUCCAAGUUUUCUGCAGUUGCUGUCAUGCUUGCUGCUUUGUCUAGUAGCCAGACUUCUUGAAGAACACUGUGGGAAAAUGGAUUAGUCACAGCUGCAUGACUGCUCUUGCAAGUUCUUUUUACGGGACUUAACUAUGUGCCUAAGGCCGCGUCAUAGCUCAAGCAGUUAGUCCCUGGCUUCCCACCACGGCG